AUCACGCCUUUAGCCGCAGUGCUCGUUUGGGUUUAACGCAAAGCAGGUGUGCGCAGGUUUUACGUCAACUGGACUGGAGUCAUGAUUUCGUGUUAUUUUGUUUCUUUUUUCUGAAUAAAAAACGUAACAAAUGAUAUUAUAUAAAAUUGGUUUAUAUUAGAACAAACGUUAAACGAGUUACUUAUCGAAUUUAUUCAGUAUAAUAAUACCAUAUAUCAUUUUUUGCGCAAUUCGAACGCGUUUAUUUUUUAUUUUCAUUCUUUAAAAACGUUAAACGCUUCUUUACCUGCCUUUCGUUAUUUUCUCCUUUAUAUUUUUCUGUUGUUGUUGUUUUUCUUUUUAACUAACGUGCCAUCUUGAAUUGUUCCCUCCAAAAAUAAAAAAAAGAAAUAAAUAGAAUCGUGGAUAACAUUAAUCGUUGUUCCAAUAUUUCCAAGGAAUACGUUGUAAAUCAAAAAACGAAAAUUAAUCCAAAGACAUCUCGGCUAUGUCCAGAUCCGCGCGCGAAGCGCGGACGCUCAUCUAAAAAGAAGAAAGUGCAAUUAUUUUUGCCUCGAGAAAAGAUACAAGCAAGCUGGUACAAAGGAAAGGACAAAUUUUCUAAGCUGACGACUACUGUGUCCUGAAAAAGCGAAUAUUUCUAAUACAACAGAAUAUACUAACCACAUUUAAGUAAACGAUCUUGAAACGAUUAUGAGUGAUUCAAAUGCCACGAAGAAGGACGAUCAGUCGAUAAUAGACUGUCAAAAGAUCCAAACUAGCCAAGAUGAGGAUAUACAAGUAUACGGAUUUCAAAGGAGUACAUUAAAAACGAUUGUAAUUUACAUUUCUUAUAUAUUAACUGUCGGUUUCGUAAGACUCCUUUUCCAUUGGUAUCCGCGAUUAUACUUGUAUGCAACACAUAGGAAAUGUCCUUUAAAGGAAGCCACCAAAUUGCUCGUGAUCGAUGACUAUCAAGGAAGAUAUAAAUCCUAUUUUGUGAAGAACGUUAAGACAAUAUCUACUGAAAAUUUGAGCGAUAAAUCAUUCAGCUCGAUUUUGGGAAGCAAUGAUAUCAAUUUGGUCGAAAGUGUCAAGAAUGAAAAACUUAAACUUCGUUUAGAAAAUGGUACAAAAUCAAAAGUAACAGAAUAUAGAGCAUUUUGGUGUAAAAAGCAGUGUUAUAUUUGGGACGUUACUAGGAAUGCAUUUUCUAAGCUCGUUGGUCUUGACAAAUAUACAUUGUGUUCGGACCUACACCUUGAUCGAGAUAAGGGACUUUCGAAAGAAGAACAAUUUCUAAGGCGAAUCAUCUAUGGAAACAAUGAAAUUGUUGUACCAGUACAAAGUAUUGGUAUAUUAUUGUUACUAGAAGUUUUAAAUCCAUUUUAUAUCUUUCAAGUAUUUACUCUGGCAGUAUGGUUUGCCGAAGAAUACCUUUAUUACACCAUGGCUAUAAUUUGCAUGUCCGUUUUUGGAAUUACAAGUUCUAUAUUACAAACACGUAAAAAUCAACUGAAUCUUAAAGGAACCGUGGCCUCUUUCGAAAAUGUUAAAAUAUAUCGAAGUUCUGGGGUAUUUGAAAGCGUUUCGAGUAACGAAUUAGUACCAGGUGAUAUUAUAGAAUUACCAAACCACCAUGGAACGGUUGUGUGCGAUGCGGUAUUACUAACUGGACAAUGUAUAAUAAAUGAAUCUAUGCUAACUGGUGAGUCUGUACCAGUUACAAAAACACCAUUGCCAUCGAAUCAAGUGCCAUACGAUUCAAAACAAUGCUCUCAUCAUACAUUAUACAGUGGAACUACUAUCAUUCAAACAAGAUGCUAUGGGAAUAAUCCAGUUCUUGCGAGAGUCAUCAGGACAGGUCUACAAACAAACAGAGGUUCAUUGGUCGCGGCUAUAUUGUAUCCGCCACCAGCGGACUUCAAAUUUGAUCAAGAUUCGUACAAAUUCAUUGGAAUACUAGCGUGUGUUGCAAUUUGUGGCUUUAUAUAUACAGUCGUUACCAAGGCAUCGAGAGGAAUUACAGCGGGUGACAUUGCAAUUAAAGCUUUAGAUAUAAUUACGAUAGUUGUUCCUCCGGCAUUACCGGCUGCAAUGACAGUAGGAAAAUUGUAUGCACAAGCAAGAUUAAAACGGGCACAAAUCUAUUGUAUCAACAGCAGGGUUAUUAAUGUUUCUGGCAGCAUUAAUUGCGUAUGUUUCGAUAAGACUGGAACGCUGACAGAGGAUGGCUUAGAUAUGUGGGGUGUUGUACCAUGUACAAACGGUAACUUUGAAGAAUCGGAGAAGAAUGUGGCCAAACUGCAGCAUCAUCCUCUUUUUGAGGGUAUGUUGGUAUGCCACAGUUUAAAUAUUAUUAAUGGCGAACUUUGUGGGGAUCCAUUGGACGUUAAGAUGUUUGAAAGUACCGAAUGGACACUGGAAGAAUCUGACACAACGCAAUCGGAUAAAUAUGAUCUUGUAGCACCAACGGUAGUGAAACCACCAAAAAAUCAUCAUUUUACUGAAAAUAUGAAUAACAUUUUAGAAAUUGGUAUUCUGCAACAAUAUCAAUUCUCAAGUUCGUUGCAACGAAUGUCUGUGAUAGUACGUAUUUUAGGAUCUGAACAUUUCAAAGCAUAUACCAAAGGAUCCCCUGAAAUGAUAUUUAGUUUAAGCAAACCAGAAACAUUACCAAAAAACAUAAUGACAAUUCUGAAAACUUAUACAGAGCAAGGCUAUCGUGUUAUAGCUAUGGGCCGGUCUACAAUAAUUGAGAAUGGUGCAAAGAUAUCAAAAAUGACGCGAGACGAGGUCGAACAAAAUUUGGAAUUUCUGGGUUUAGUUAUUUUAGAAAAUAGAUUAAAAGAACCAACGGUAUCAGUUAUAAAGGAACUUAGAGAAGCUAAUAUGCACGUUAUUAUGAUCACAGGUGAUAAUAUACAGACUGCGGUAAGCGUUGCAAAAGAGUGCGGUAUACUUUUGCCUCACGAAACGGUUAUAGACGUUAUCGUAGUACCAAAUCAAUUUACCAAAUCCAAACCAGAACUAUUUUUCAAUGCACAAAGUAUAACUCAACAAUUGAGUCUUCAAAGCAAAAAGCUUAUGAUACCAUUGUUAGACGAUACGGAACAAGGGAUGAAUAUACAAAAUUAUAGAUUUGCUUUGACCGGCCAAACAUGGCAAUUACUAAAAGAAUAUUAUUCCGACAUCGUGCCGAAAAUAUGCGUGAAGGGUGCAAUAUUCGCAAGAAUGACGAGUGAUCAAAAACAACAAUUGGUUUUAGAAUUAAUGCAACUUGGUUAUUACGUGGUUAUGUGCGGAGAUGGAGCAAACGAUUGCGGAGCAUUAAGAGCUGCUCACGCAGGUGUAUCUCUUUCGGAAGCAGAAUCGAGCGUGGCCAGUCCCUUUACUUCAAGGAUACCUGACAUAACUUGCAUUCCUAAAGUUAUACGACAAGGACGAGCGGCUUUAGUCACGUCAUUUGGAAUAUUUAAAUUUAUGGUAACAUACUCCCUGACAGAAUUCUUAUCUGUUAUUAUUUUAUAUUCAAUAGAUUCUAAUUUAACAGAUUUGGAAUUUUUGUUUAUCGAUAUUUGUUUGAUUGUCAAUUUCGCUUUCUUUUUUGGAAAAACGCAAGCAUAUGAGAAAAAACUUGCUAAGAAUCCGCCAAUGACGAGUCUUUUGAGUUUCACACCGCUAUUGUCUUUAACGGUGCAUAUGUUAAUAAUGACAAUUUUUCAAGCUAUUGCAUAUCAUACUGUACGGUAUUUUCCUUGGUUUACACCUUUUGUUCAUACUAGUACAACUGGAUAUAUGUGCUAUGAAAAUUAUUCGGUAUUCUGUUUAUCUAUGUUUCAAUAUAUUACAAUGGCAAUAAUAUUUUCACGUGGUAAACCAUAUAGACAACCUAUUUAUACAAAUGGUAUAUUUACAUUUUCUAUCAUUCUUUUAAUUUUCGUUUGCGCAUAUAUUACAGUUUAUCCUGCAAAAUGGGUAAUCAACUUAUUACAAUUACUCCUACCCCCUGAUUAUAAUUGGAGAAUUAUAAUUUUAAUACUUGCUUUUACAAAUUUUGUUAUAUGUUUAGUUAUUGAAACUUUAAUAAUUGAAUAUGGAAUAGAGAAGAAAUUAAUUUCAAAAAUCUAUCGACCGGAAAAAUCAAACAAACAAUAUUUAAAAGUACAGUAUGAAUUGAAUAAUGAUCCCAAUUGGCCAAAGUUGGAUAAAGAGAUACCUGUUUUACCAAUUACUCCAAGCGUUGAAAAUAUUAAAACGAUGUAUCUAGAAACUUCAGAAUGUGUAAAUACUGUAAAUAAUACAAAAUCUAACGAAAAAACAGUAUUCAAACGAUUAGACGAUAUCAGAAAGAAUGGCGUUGACAAUCAAGGAUUCGUAGAAGAUAGUUUUAUAGAAAAUGUAAGUGUUAUCACUAGAUUUUAAAUAUUCAGCAAAAAACGAUUUAUAUUAAUUCUGACUUUGACUGAUUUUGAAUGAUGUAACAAAACAUGUUUGAUCAUAUGUAUAUAAAUAUGUAAACCUUAAUGCAGUAUUCAUUGUAAGUAUUUUUAAUUUUUUAAAUAGCAUAAGUAUUAUACUAAAUAAAGAAAAAAGUAAAAAUAUUAAAA